GUUACCUGAAUAGGUUAACAAUCAACUUAUUGUUGCUUUUUUUUCAUCUGUUGCAAAAAAAAACGCGAAUUUGAUUAACUUAAUUGUCUUUACCGAACCGUUUAAUCAACAAGAAUCACAAUCAUCAUCAUCAUCGAUAGAUAAAGUUUGAUUUCAAUUCUAACUGUUAAUUGUAGUUUAACACACAAAUGAUAUUAUUUAAUUUACAUGCUGAUAAUCAAAUCAAUCACCCAACAAUAAAUUGUUUCAUUUCUGAUUCUUAAAUUAAUUCUGAUCUCUUAUAAAUUGUUACACUGAUUCAUUCAACAUGUUGAUCAUUAAUUGUUAAUCAUCACCAUUCAGAAUAUCAAAUUGAAUUGAGUUUCCUGUUAAACUAAUUGCUACAAUAUAAUUACAUAAACUGUUCACGUUUACAAUUAACGUUUGCCCAUAAAAAUAUAUAUAUAUAUAUUUAAUUGUUACAUCGUUGACAAAGUUGGUGUUUUAUUGUUAUUAAAUUGUGUCAAUUUGUUUAGUUAAUAUUCAGUAAUCACGAUUUGGAUAAUAAAACUGUUUUCAAUCACAAUCAAGAAAAUAAUUCAUUGAUUGGAAACAAUUUUCACUCCAUUGUCAACUUUAGUUGAUUGGAAAUCGAUCCGAGAGGAAAAGGAAAGUGGCAAGUUAAUUGUUGGUUAGAAGAUAAUUAAACAAUUAACAAUUGGACACAAUCAAAAGUUAAAGUUUCCCUGGCGGAACGAGACUCGCCGUAGACGAGCAAAUAUCAACCAGAACCACCACCAACAGAAUCCCACCAAGGACCAGAAAAUCAACAGCACCGUCGAGGUCACGAUGCCACCAAAAACCGACAAAGGUCGAUCAACACCCCAACGAGGUGAAUCAAGAUCUAAUUUGGUUGGUAAAUUUACAACUUCGGUUAAAAAGUUUGUCCAAGAUGUUGAAAGUGAUCAUACAAGAGAUGGAGUUACAUCAACUAAUGAGAGACUUCGUAUGGUUGAUUCAAAGAUUAAUGAAUCAUAUUCAACAAUUAAAGGAGCAUUAACAACAUUACAUCAGAAUUAUGAAUCAGCUAAAUCGGAUAAUAAUGUUUACAAUCGAUAUAAAUUGUUUAAGAAAAUGAUAAAAACAGUGAUUAAAUUGGAUACACAAUAUUGGAUUCUAAUUGAAAUACCCAAACAGGAGAAACAUGAACAGCCCAAUAAUUAUGUAAUGAGAUGUUGUUCAGUGUUGGAAAAAGCAAAUGCAACAACCGAUGGAAAAUCUUCCAAUGCAAAACAAGCAGAAGAGACUAGAAUACAGUCCAACAGGGAAAGAUUGAAAUCCAUGAGUAUACCUGAAAUUGAGGAGGAGAAUAAACAAUUGAUUAAUGAUGUUUAUCGGUUAUUAAAACGUUAUAAUAACCUGAGGAACACUGUCCAUGAGCUCAAAGUAUCUUACAUGGCGACAAAGGUUUACCCUGGACCGGCGAGAUAUUUUCUGCUUAAAGAUAUGGUUAAAUCGGUUCUUCGUCAUCCAAGUUACAUGGAGGUUUGUCAUGAAGAUUUAAUUGCUAACAAUAUGAUCUCCAAUGGAACAUAACAGCAAGAAGAAACAACAAGAACAACAACAAUACCCAAUUAUAUAUAUUAACCAAUCUAUUCAUCCAAUUGAACAACAGGAGAGAGAUAAAAGAGAAGAGGAACAACAAAAAAAAGAAAAUCUAUUUAAAUUAAAUCGAUUCUCAUCAUCAACAAUCAAUAACAACAACUUAUACAACAAUUGAUUCUAUUUAUUCAUCCAUGUUGCUACCUGGUUCAUCAGACAAUUAUACAAAUCUCUCAUCUUCCUUCAAAUUUAACUUUACUCUCAAAUCUUCAAACCAAACAUCAACAUCACUUUUUGAUUGUGUAAAUGUUAAGAUAAUUGACUUUUAAUUCAAUCAAAUCUUCAAUUUACAUAACAAUUGUAAACAUCAUUCAACAACAAACAUUCAUCAUCUUCAUCAUCAUGAUCGUAUCUUUAUUAUUAUUAUUAUUAUUAUACCUUAUAUAUACUGUUAAUAUCAAACAAUUUGAUUAACUGAUUAUGAUGAUGGAGACAAGUUUGUAGUUGGAAAUGAGUUUAUGUUGAAUGUUUUUUUUGUAUUGAUAAAAUCACAAUUUACAAAGUGACAAGAUUCAACUGGACGACAAUUAAUUGAUUUGGUUCUGUCUCUCAAUUGAAUUUCUAUUAAUAUUACAAUAUUAUUAUUUAUAUAUUUUAAUUUGAUUGUUAUUAUCAACUAAUAUUAGCUGAUGAUGAUGGAUUAGAUAAUCAAUACCCAAAAUCCAAUGGAUCUGAUUUGUUUGCCAAAGAAGAAAAAAAAAAGUUAAUUGCUGAGAUUUGAUUGUAUCUCUUUUUCCUUGGAUUAGAUUUAAUAAUCUCCCUCUGGUUAAUCAUCUUAAUCAAACAUAACAAAAUAUUCAAUUAUCUAAAAACUAGACGAGACAACGACUUAACUAUUAUAUAUACUAUAUAAUAAUACCAAAAAUCAACAAUUAAACAAACAAUUAUAUUCACAACUAUGAAAUAUCCUAAUAAACAAUUAGAGUUUAUUAAAUUACUUGAACGGAAAAACUUAAAAUCUAAUAAACCACAAGGAAUUAAAUUACCUUGAUUUGUCUAAUCGAAUGUCUCUGUAAAUCAUAAUAAUCAUUAAAAUCGUUAAACAUUCAAAA